GACAGAAACGUGAAUCCUGGCACGGACACAGAGCUCGUUAUUUCCCUAGGACCUGCAGCCCACGGGGGAUCGUGUUGCCUGUUGGCAUCUCAUCACACCUCCCAUAGUUCCAGCUUCCCUGGAGUCUGGGGCUUAAAAAUAGAACAGAAAAGGCCAACAGAGCUCCUUUGGGUUGGCAGCAGGGCUCGACCUGAGACUUGCUGUACCCCCUUCCCUUCAAAGCUGUAGACCAGAACCAGGAUGCUGUCCCUGGGGCAGGGGGAGCUGGAAAUGCUUUGACAGGGGUCCAACGGCAGGAGCUGAUGGAACAGGCACGGGGCAGCUUGAGGGGGAAGGGGCUGGGCAGACAGUCACUGGAAGUCUGAGUGGGAACAGGACGUCAGUAGAGGAAUGAAGAGGAUGGGUGGGAAAGGGGCUGUUGUAUGGAGGCAGGAGCCAGGUGGGCACAGAAUGGGUGGAUGGGCACGGAGCACUGAAAGCAGCAAGCCGAGAAGCCCAGCAUAGCCCCGGUGGUUCCUGCCGGCCGGGGAUUCAUCGGGCACGGGACGGUGAAUUGAAGCGCCGGGGCAGCCCCAUGGACUAAUGGCCGGAGGCGGUGCGGGGCGCUGGAGGAGGGGGCUCCGCCGGGUCCGGGAGCACCGGCCGUCCCCCCGGGGCCGGGCACCUGCUCCCGCCCCGCGGCGGGGCCGGGGCGGGGCGGCGGCGGGGCGGUGGCGGUGAAAUACGGCGGCGGAGCGAGGCGCGCUCCCAUGGCCCGGCGGCGGCGGAGGCGGCACGGCGGGGCCGGUGGCCCGGCGGCGGAGGCAUGCCGGGGGCGGCGGGGCGGUAGCGGCGGCGCCGAGUCUGUACCGGGGCGGCGGGAGCGGCGAUGCGGCUGCUCGGCGCCUUCCUGCGGCUGCUGGUGGCCGGGACGCUGGGGGCACCGCCCGCCCCGGCCCCGGAGGAGCGGGGGACCGCCAGCACGGAGUCUCCCGUCCUUACCUUUCGGGAGAUCUGGAAUCGUAGUUUCUGCCGGCCUCUGGAGCAGCUGGUGGACGUCAUUACCGAAUUCCCCAACGAGGUGGAGUACAUUUUCAGACCCUCGUGCGUCUCCCUGCAGCGCUGUGGAGGCUGUUGCGGGGACGAGGGUCUCCGCUGCGUCCCCGUGGAGACCAGCACGGUCACCAUGCAGCUCCUGAAGAUAAAGCCAAACGGGGAGGCGCCCUAUGUGGAGAUGGCGUUCACCGAGCACAAGCGGUGCGAGUGCAGGCCCCGGCAGGACCUGAUGAGGCUGGGAAGGAGGAGGUCCAAGGGCCGAGGUAAGAGAAGACAAGACAAGAAGGGACGGAAAGACUGUGAACUAUGUGGCACACCACGCAGGUAGCCUCUGCCCUGCCCCCAGCCUCGCUCCUGCCACCUGGGUUGGAGCCAGCUGCCUUUGUCCCCAGAAUGGGACACUUGUGGAGUCAUGUCCCUCCAGCUGCAGCGGAGAGCAGGACUCCAGCAUGGAAGAGCUGACUGUUACUCUUGCUUGGCCCUGGUGGGAACACGGCCUGGCACCAAGGACUCCCUUGCCCCAUCUGCCCCACUGGCAGCAAGAAAAAAGGACUUGUGACCAAGCCUGGGGCUGAAGAUGAGGAGCUCAAGCAGUUUGUUGUGUUUGGGGACAUUCUAGGGGCAAUGAGGAGCCAUGUGCUGCUGGAACUGGCUGGGGAGGACACCAUGAUGUGGAGAUGGCUCACAGAACUGCACCUGCAAAACUUCUCUGUCCUGCCAGCACUCUGCAGCUGGGGAGGAAGGAAAUCUGGGGCAGGCAAGGCUGUAGGGCUGCAUCCGUCCCAAUUUUGGCACAGGGCAGCCCAGGCAGGUGCCAGGGAUCUUGCCUGGGAAGCUGUUCUGCUUGGGAACAGAAGGGAGCUGGGCUCCUCAUGUAUUCACAGCUACAUCUCAGCUUUGCCCUGCUCAAUAAAAGCUGGUCAGACAUGGGAGCUGGCAGCUCCUGUCUGCUUUCCAACAAGCACAGGGAACUUCCCCAAGGGCACCCACUCAGGCUGGAAUGGGGCAGUGACCCAGGGUUUGUCCCCAUCACCUAUCCUGCAGCACAAAGGCACUGCCCUUGGUGUGAUGCUGGAGAUGGGCAACCAGCAGGUUGCCCCCUGGGCUGGGGGCUAUCCAUGUGCUGGAGUUCAGUUGGCUGCUGGGAGACCCUUGGGUGGGCUGCCCUUCCUCUCCACACCAGUGUGGGACUGGUACCUCUCUGUGUUCACUGUGCCCAUCCUGUUCUCACCCCAGUGCAAAUGUCUGGCUCAGUGUCCUGUCCUCCCUGGCAGGGCUGAUGCAAAGUUUAGGGCACUGGGGUGCAGGCUGCCCACUUGGGAAAUACCCCACUGAGGGUCAUUUACCUGACAUGGGAACAGACUGGCCUGGGGCCUCCUUUCCUUACUGGGAAUACCCUUAGGAUACAAGGAGCUGGUGGUCCUCAUCGAGGUGGCUGUGGGGACUACUGUUUCCUGCUUUUCCCACUCAGCCAGCUCUCUGCCCAGGUCUAGGGGGAAGCCACAGCCCCUGGUUCUCCAUGCUUUAAGCAGUUCUCCUGAGUUCUUCCUGUCUCCAUUUCCACCCCUGCUGCAGUGGGUCUGGGGCUGUCUGCCAAAUGCAUGCCAUGCUGAUCUGUGCAAGCCAUAUCCUGCAGCAGUGCAUAUGGCUGGAAACCUUUGGGGUGAGUUGGCAUUUGCAUAUUUGUGGGGCACUCCUGGCACUGGGCAAAAAAAAAAAAAAUCAAGGGUCAUUCUUGAAAGCUUCAAACAAAAGACUGGAGGGCAAGAUCUGCAAAGGUUUCAAGGUUACCCUUAAAUGAUGGGACCUGUGGUUUAUCCUGCUCUGAGGAACAAGGGUGGAGCCUAACAUAGCAAGAAGUGGGGUCCAAGGUGGCUCCUUCCCACAUCUGACAGGGCUGCCUGUGAUGGGGGUUAAUUAGGACUCUCUAAGCCAUAAUGGUGGUGUUGCCUGAGGCUGGCACAAGGAUGUGGGGACAGGGCAGAUCCCUUUUCCCUGUCAGGGAAAGCUGGAGGUGGUAAUGUGAACCUGCAUGCUGCCACCAUGUAGCUGGCAUGGACUGUGUGAGUUGUAGCUGUGCAGCUGGGCAUAUCGUUCAGGAGCUUGCUGGAUCCCUUUUGGAUCCCAUUUCCAGGCAUCCACAGUAUCCUGGAGCACAGCCUACAUGGGCUUUGCCUCAGAAAUAGCCCAUGAAGUUCCUCCUUCACUACCUCAUAGAUGAGGGGAACUCACUGCUCCCCUUCCCAUAUCACUCAAAGUCUGUGUGGGCUGUGUGCUGGCCUGGUCCACGCAGGCUUUCCCUAUCACUGUGUGUCAUUUCUGCCUGGCUGGUUUUGCUCUGAGGCCAAGGAGAACCAUGUGCAGCACUUGAGGAUGUAUGUGAUGGUUUCUGUAUUGUCUUUAAUACCCCAGUAGUAUUACAUAUUUAAAAAAGGAAGUUACCUAAAUCAAGUAUGUUAAUUAAUAAAAAUAAGUUUAUCAAGACUCAUUAUUAGGAUUAAAGCAAAGUCAAACACA